AUGAAGAUUUCAACAGGACUUUUCCAACUAAACAAUGUGGCGUAUAUACCAUCUUUUCAUGCGUCUCUUGCAUCACUCACUAGGUUACAAUCUGCAGGAAUUUCGUGGAAUCCACAGACAGGAUGCAUUUUCAAUUCUGAAAAAACAAUUUGCUUUACAAAAAAAUUGUUCAACCAAUACGUUAUCGAGUAUAACAAAUUUGAACCAGUAAUUACUAAAUCUUCACUUUCUACAGAGGGUUCAGAUAUAAAAUCUGUAACACCAACAGAUAUUACAAUCUGGCAUGAACGACUUGGACAUCCUUCUAGUCAAUUACUCGAAAAAGUUUUAAAAAAUCAUUCUUUAUUACCGAUUGAAAUUGAAAAAGAACUAGAGAACUGUGAGCCUUGCAAGCGUGCAAAAGCAAACAGGGUAGUAGCGUUCUUGGUCAAGUAUAAUUAUAAAAAACCAAUUUUUUUCCGCGCAAUUUCAAAUUUAUCUAUUCAAAAGCUUUUAAAUUUUAUUAAUGUUCAGAAAUUUGUAAAAACUAAAUUUUUACUUGAAAUCUACAUUUUUUAUCGAGAUGAUGGUGUUUCUUUGCAACAAGAAUAUCAAAAGUUUAUCACAGAUCAUGGAAUCUUAGACGAGCUUACUGCGCCUCAUAAACCUGCUCAAAACGGCUCUGCUGAGCGUUCUGGGGGGGUAAUUUCUACAAAAACGCGCACAAUGCGUAUUUCUUCGAGUUUACCAAAAUUUCUCUGGCCCGAAAUUUGGAAAAUAGUGGUAUUUAUUUACAAUCCCCGCUUUUAUCAUAAAUCAAGAAUUAGGUCAAAUUUUAUUCUACAAUUUUCGACCCAAAUUGGAAGCGAUAAAGAGAGCUGGAUAUCUCCAACAGAAAAAAUGGUUAUCUUGCUUAAGAAAAACCAACAACAUACCCCAUCUAUAUCGAAAGACUUGUCAGUUCACCACACAUAUGGAUAA